AUGACUGCAGAGGUACAACAGCCUCCGUCCUCUCAGCCCCCUCCUCCCGCGGCGCACGGCGGCUGCAGCCUCAUGUCCUCCGCGCUGGAGAAGCAGCAGCAGCCGGGCUCGGCCAUGGAGUCCGCCUCCUCCGCCGCCAGCAGCACCCCCGCGGGCGGCGGCGGCGGCAAAGCCAAGAAGAGCAACGCCGGGAUCCGGCGGCCGGAGAAGCCCCCUUACUCCUACAUCGCCCUGAUCGUCAUGGCCAUCCAGAGCUCGCCGUCCAAGCGCCUGACGCUGAGCGAGAUCUACCAGUUCCUGCAGAGCCGCUUCCCCUUCUUCCGCGGCUCCUACCAGGGCUGGAAGAACUCCGUGCGCCACAACCUCUCGCUCAACGAGUGCUUCAUCAAGCUGCCCAAGGGGCUGGGCCGCCCGGGCAAGGGCCACUACUGGACCAUCGACCCGGCCAGCGAGUUCAUGUUCGAGGAAGGCUCCUUCCGCAGGAGGCCCCGCGGCUUCAGGAGGAAAUGCCAAGCUCUCAAGCCCAUGUACAGCAUGAUGAACAGCCUGGGCUUCAACCACCUCUCCCCGGAGAGCUACGGCUUCCAGGGCACGGCCGGGGGCCUCUCCUGCGGCCCCAACAGCCUGGGCCUGGAUGGGGGCCUGGGCAUGAUGAACGGGCACUUGCCCAGCAACGUGGACAGCAUGGGCCUGGGGGGACACUCCGUGCCCCACCUGCCUGCCAACGGCGGGCACUCCUACAUGGGCAGCUGCACCGGCUCCUCCGGGGGCGACUACCCGCACCACGAGAGCUCCGUGCCGGCCUCCCCGCUGCUGGCCAGCGGCGGGGUGAUGGAGCCCCACUCGGUCUACUCCAGCUCGGCCUCGCCGUGGGCCCCUUCGGCCUCGGCCGCCUUGAACAGCGGGGCGCCCUACAUCAAGCAGCAAUCCUUGUCCCCCUGCAACCCCGCGGCCAACCCGCUCUCCUCGGGCCUCUCCACGCACUCCCUGGACCAGUCCUACCUGCACCAGAACAGCCACAACGCCGCAGAGCUGCAAGGAAUCCCUCGGUAUCAUUCCCAGUCUCCAAGCAUGUGCGACAGGAAAGAAUUCGUCUUCUCUUUCAACGCGAUGGCCUCUUCCUCGAUGCAUUCAGCAGGGAGUGGAUCUUACUAUCAUCAGCAAGUGACAUACCAAGACAUCAAGCCCUGUGUUAUGUGAUAACAGGCAAAUAAGCCAACUUUUGGGGACCCCCCCCAAUCACGACACAAAGGAAACUUUCUAUGUGGAAGGGACCUCCCAAAAGACCCUCUGUGCUAAAGGGACAUCCAAAUAACUAGACUGAUUUUACUCUGGAGGUAUAUAAGCCAUCCGCAGAAGCCUGGCGUUUGGGAACAUUUUGAAAUGAAUUAACACUAAGCUAAAGAAGCAGGGAUGCACGUGCCUUUUUGGAAAGGGUAAAGUGAACACGGGGUGCUGUCUCUUUCCUUCGUGUGUAGCAUCGCUCGGGGGCUGUGAGCUGACUAAGUUUCCAAGAAUCACGUGUCUGUUUCAUUGCUAAUACGAGCUCUUAUUUUUUAUUGAUGGGGUGGGAAAAAAAUCCAAAAUUGUAUUUUUUUUUAAAAAAAAACGUGAGUGUUAAAAAAAAAAGAAAAGAAAGAAAAAAAACCCCAUCCGGAAAAUAUGGGAUGAAAGCGAUCGGGAAGGGUUUGCUUGGACCAGAACUCUAGGCGCGGUGAGCUUUAAAAGGAGAAUGGAAAUCUUUUGGAAAUGGUCUGGUUGAGAUG